UUUGACGAGUCUUUUUUCAUCAUGGCAUUUGGACUAUUUAAACGUGUUACAUCAUUAGAGGCAUGUUUCGUUCCAUCUAUACAGGCUGUGUCGUCGUGUAUUUUCUUGAUGUUAUUUUUGAUUCAAGUCGAUGCACAGAUCCGCUACUCAAUCCCAGAGGAGAUGAGGAAGGGCUCUCUUAUUGGUAACGUCGCACAGGACUUGGGUUUGGACAUAAAAAGGCUUCGUUCAGGCCGAGCUCGUAUCGUGACGGGAGAAAAUGUUCAGUACGCCGAGCUGAAGACAGACAAAGGGACUCUGGUGGUGAAUGAGAGGAUAGACAGAGAGCAGCUCUGUGGAGACGUGACGCCCUGCAGCUUCACCUUUGAGAUUUUACUGGAAAACCCGAUGGAGUUACACCCUGUGACUAUAGAGGUGCUGGAUGACCAGAACGACAACGCCCCUCAGGUGCUGUACCCAGUCCAGACUGGGGGCUCUCUGGUGGCUGAGAUGGUGCCUCGUUCAGCAGAUGUGGGCUAUCUGGUCACUAAAGUGGUGGCUGUGGAUGUGGACUCUGGACAGAAUGCCUGGCUCGCCUAUAAACUGCAGAAAGCCGCAGACAGGGCGCUGUUUGAAGUGGGCUCACAGAAUGGAGAAAUAAGAACUAUCCGCCAAGUGACUGAUAAAGAUGCAGUGAAACAGAGACUGACUGUUAUAGUGGAGGACAACGGGCAGCCCUCUCGUUCAGCUACAGUCAUUGUUAACGUGGCGGUGGCGGACAGCUUUCCUGAAGUACUGUCUGAGUUCACUGACUUUACGCACGACAAGGAGUACAAUGACAACCUGACAUUUUACUUAGUGCUGGCUCUGGCUGUAGUCUCCUUUCUGUUCAUCACGUGUGUAGUGGUCAUUAUAUCAGUGAAAAUCUACAGAUGGAGACAGUCUCGCAUCCUGUAUCACUCCAAUCUACCAGUGAUCCCAUAUUAUCCUCCACGUUACUCAGACACUCUGGGCACAGGGACCCUCCCACACGUGUACAAUUACGACACGUGCAGGACCACAGACUCCAGAAAGAGUGACAUUAAAUACAUGCAGCCGAUGAGUCAAAGUUUGGUCAGUGUUGAUGACGUUGACAUUGAUUCUGCGCAAAAUGGACAUCAGAGAUCCACGAACUCUACAUUGUUCUGUUGA